GGGCCGGGCACAGAGUCACCCCCAGGCUGACCCGGGUGCCUCAGUGAGCAGCAGCAAACACAAACACUCACUGCAAGUCACCCAGAGCCCAGCAGGGCAUCCCUGAGCCCCCCGAGCUCCAUCCCUGUGCCUGAGCCCUCCUUCAGCUGGCACCGGGGCAGAGCAGCCCCAGGGGACCCGGCUGCCUCUCCCCUCCUCAGGAUCAUCCAGCUGCUGAACCCCUGGGCCAGGCACUGCCUCAGGCUGCACAUCUGUGCAGAUGUUUCUUCUUCAUGGAAAGGGAGCUCAGGGCUUGGAACUGCCCAGGGAGGUUUGGGGUCCCCAUCCCUGCAGGUGGCACCUGGAGGGUGACAAGUGGGUAUGGGGACAGCUGGCACUAAGGGGCUGGGAGGGCUUUUCCAGCUCAGGGAUUUGGGGAUUCUGUGGGAUCCCAGUAACCCCAGUAACCCUAGCUCUCCUCAUGCCCUGUAAGCCUACCCUGCAGCAGGUGGCUUUCCCUGGGCUGUAACAUCUCCUUGCCAGCCUUGCCUGACCUUUGCCAAGGGGCUCUUUGAGACAGGAGCUCCCUCAGGGCUGCAGGGCCUUGCUGUGGUUUUAGCAGUGUCAUCCUGAAGUCAGUGAAACUCCUGCAGAGCUGAUGGGGAAGCAGAGGGAGAACCCAAACCCUGGCAGGUCCUGCAAGGAGAGAAGGAGAAAUGGUUGCAAAUAGAGGGAGAACCCAAACCCUGGCAGGUCCUGCAAGGAGAGAAGGAGAAAUGGUUGCAAAUAGAGGGAGAACCCAAACCCUGGCAGGUCCUGCAAGGAGAGAAGGAGAAAUGGUUGCAAAUAGAGGGAGAACCCAAACCCUGGCAGGUCCUGCAAGGAGAGAAGGACAAACGGGUGCAAACAGGGAGAACCCGAGAGCCCAAGGCUGCGUGCCCUGCCUCAGGGGUUGGCACUGCCCAAGGGGCACCAGGCACCCCUUCCAGCGCUGUGCUGGGACUGCACAGAGAUAAUGUCACCCUGCAGCACGGCUGGAAAUCAGGGACGGUGACGGGGGUGGCCAGGCCCAGAGCUGGGUCUGGGCACCUUGCCCUGGGCCCCACCCUGGGCCGUGUGUGUCCCCUCCCUGGGCCGUGUCCCCUCCCGGGGAGCAGCGUGGGGCCCCCGGGGGUGCAGCCAAUGGAGGGGUGCAGAGGGCAGAGGAGGGGCCGGGCUCAGGGGAUAAAAGCGGGGCUGGCCACGGCUGCCCAGCGUGCAACCCUUCGGGAGCAAGAGCCAGCGUUCCUCCGAGCCAGGCGAGCCUCCAGCCGACACCAUGGUGCAGUGGACAGCCGAGGAGAAGCAGCUCAUCACCGGCCUCUGGGGCAAGGUCAACGUGGCCGAGUGCGGCGGCGAGGCCCUGGCCAGGCUGCUGAUCGUCUACCCCUGGACCCAGAGGUUCUUCGCCUCCUUCGGGAACCUGUCCAGCGCCACGGCCGUGCUUGGCAACCCCAAGGUGCAGGCCCAUGGCAAGAAGGUGCUGACCUCCUUCGGGGAGGCCGUCAAGAACCUGGACAGCAUCAAGGGCACCUUCGCCCAGCUGUCCGAGCUGCACUGCGACAAGCUGCACGUGGACCCCGAGAACUUCAGGCUCCUGGGUGACAUCCUGGUGGUGGUCCUGGCCGCCCACUUCGGCAAGGACUUCACUCCCGACUGCCAGGCCGCGUGGCAGAAGCUGGUGCGUGUGGUGGCCCACGCGCUGGCCCGCAAGUACCACUGAGAGCCCGGGGCGGCAGCGCCUGCCCCUGAGCCAGCGCUUCUGACAGCAAAUAAAGCUCGUCCUGUCAACUCUGCUGCCUCUGAGUGUCCCUGAGGGCAGGGGGGACGGGCUGCGGCGCCAGCGUGGGCACAGAACGCACCUGCCUGUGCUCUGGGGCUUUGGGGGGGUUUGCCUCUGGAAAUUGGGUUUUUGGGAUUUUGGGGGGAUAAAGUCCUGCCACCCCACACUCUGCACGGAGGAGCCACUCAGAGUUUCACUGUGAAACCUGGUGUCUCUCCUAGACAAGGGGAAUCGAGAGCGUCCGUGUUUUUCUGGGGAGGAGGAUAAACAAAUUGAAGACUUUAAUCUACCCUGGCUCAUCCCUGGCAUGAAACCUCCCCAGAACCAGCUGAGUCACCCAGGCCCAGAGCCAGCUGGGUGGGGGCAGCUCUUAGAUAAACAUUUGCUAUCAAGGAC